GGCAAGCAUGCAGUUGAGCAGUGUGUGGCUAAUAAAGGCUUCUUCCUUGUUCAGCCAUCCAUUCCUCCUCUAUGGUUACAGGCACCCUACCUGCCCUGCACUUCCCAAAUAUUCAACAACAAAACAUACUUAGACACACCAUAAGUCAGUGGCUAACAUAUUCAUAGUAUUGCGUAUUUGGCAUGGCAGCGGCUGCACGAUCCGUCUCCCUUUUGAGCUGCCCAUCUUCUUCUUGUUUCACCCCCAGAGCCCGAUUCUCACAGGUAGUUAAGGUGGUGAACCAACGGCGCAAUGUGUGUUGCUUGGCAGUGCAAGAAUCAUCUACUUCCACAACUGAAGCAGUUGCUGCUGAAACAAAGGAGAAAAAGGCCGUGAAGGACGAGAGCGAUGGCACGGCUGCUGCUGCUCCAAAGCCGAAGGCAGCAGCAAAAGCUCCGGCAAAGGCUCUGCCGCAGUUGAUGGAGGAGGACGUAAUACCUGUGCUCAAAGAAACACUAGAAGCUCAACAAGAUAUAUCCCAGCUCCAGCUAUCUUUCAAUGAAAAUAAGUUGGAGGGGUCUUUCUUGAAGAAGGGCAGUCCUUACACAUUUUGGGCAUUCUUUCCUGAUGGAAUCAAUGGGCCGAAAGGAUUCUCCCUAUCAUCGUAUGGUUCAGGAGUUAGCACCGUGGAGCCAUUUCUCGUCGACGAGAAGAAACCAACUGCAAAACAUGUCGUUUUCUGGGUCGAGAAGCGAUUGGCUGCUCAAGGAAUAAUUCCAGUGUGGAGCGACUGACACUAUCUGCAAUCUGUAGAAACCCACACCAAUCACAGCUGCAAAAUUUCAGUUUUGUUCGUUCCUGUAAAUGAAAGAAUUGACAUAAUUUUUAUUGCAAAAAAAGAUAGUUGUUAGCAGCAAGCCAAUUGCAUUUGAAACUAA